AUGGGACUUUGUCGAGUUCCCUUGGGGGUCAGACUACUACUUCGAGCAUGGGCACAUGAUGCCACCCGAUGCCCUCGAUACACUGGCGAGUUCGACCAGAUCUAUCUUGGCGCAGUCGGGCACCCCGACAUCCAAGACCACCUUACGCUCAACGGGCUUUUGCUGCCUAUCCGGCGCAAAUUCGAUCAGUACGUCUGCGAGCGACCAAGUGUCCUCUAUCCCGGCAUCAACGCACCGCUCAAGGACAAAGACGCUUGGGACAUCGAUCUCGUGGUGAUAAGGGAGAACACAGAGGGCGAGUAUGCCAACGUCGGCGGAUUUCAGUACCAAGGGUUCCCCGAAGAGAUCGGCGUACAGGUCGGCGUAUUCACCCGCCACGGCAGCGAGCGCGUCAUCACCCACGCCUUCGAGCAAGCCCGGGCACGAAAUAAGAAGCGUAAAGUCACUUCGGUCACCAAAUCGAACGCGCAGGGUUACGGCAUGAUUGUAUGGGAUACCGCCUUCGAGCGAGUGCGGAAAAGUAUCCCGACAUAG